AGGAGGCGCGCGAGCGGGAGGAAGGGACGGUGGGAGCGCACCGCGCCUUGAUCUUCUGUUUCUGCCGCGGGGUGGGGAAGGUGCCAGGCGCGGGCGGGCCGAGAGAGAGCGAGAUGGUGCAGGGUUCUUGCGUGCGUCUGGGAAAAGCGAGAACUUGAAUUCCUGAAGAUUAGUGGGGGGGGGGGGUGCGGUCAAGUGGAAGGGGAUUAUAAAACCCAAUCCUCGACAGCGCUCUACCUCGCCCCCUUGGGCAAAGGGGGAAAGGGUAAACUGAGGCACCCCCGAGACCACUGAGCGCUCUAGCCCCUCUUCCCAGAAGGAACUCUGGUGCUCCUUCGGCUGUGCAAUGCCAGAGUAUCCCAGACAUUCCCUCCCAACGCCUCCAGCUCCGCCCUCGGUCCCCUCCCCCCAAAGCAGGUCGGGGGAGGAGACGCAAGUUCUGGCGCCGGCGGCGACGGCUUGCAGUCGCCACCUCCCGCGAGUGCCCGAGCCGAGCGGGCUGCUUGGAGGCUGCGGACUCGGCGGCCGCGGGAGCUGACCCUGCGGGGUCCCGGGGGGGGAGGGGGAGCCGCGAAGCCCCCGCUGAGGCCGCCGCUGCCGGGCCUCCCCUCCCCCCCGGGCGGGCGCCAUGCGGGGGAGCCCCGGCGACGCGGAGCGGAGGCAGCGAUGGGGUCGCCUGUUCGAGGAGCUGGACAGUAACAAGGAUGGCCGCGUGGACGUGCACGAGUUGCGCCAGGGGCUGGCCAGGCUGGGCGGGGGCAACCCAGACCCCGGCGCCCAACAGAUCAGGAGCAGGUUCCUGGAGCCACCUCUGUCCCCUUUCCUUCUGCCAGAGUAUCUCCUCUGAGGGUGAUGCUGACCCAGAUGGCGGGCUGGACCUGGAGGAAUUUUCCCACUAUCUGCAAGAGCGGGAACAGCGCCUGCUGCUCAUGUUUCACAGUCUUGACCGUAACCAGGACGGUCACAUUGAUGUCUCUGAGAUCCAACAGAGUUUCCGAGCUCUCGGCAUUUCCAUCUCACUGGAGCAGGCGGAGAAAAUUCUACAUAGCAUGGACCGAGACGGCACCAUGACCAUUGACUGGCAAGAAUGGCGAGACCACUUCCUGUUGCAUUCGCUGGAAAAUGUGGAGGAUGUGCUGUAUUUCUGGAAGCAUUCCACGGUCCUGGACAUUGGUGAAUGCCUGACAGUGCCGGAUGAGUUCUCAAAGCAGGAGAAGCUGACGGGCAUGUGGUGGAAGCAACUGGUGGCUGGCGCAGUGGCAGGUGCCGUGUCACGGACAGGCACAGCCCCUCUGGACCGCCUCAAGGUCUUCAUGCAGGUCCAUGCCUCAAAGACCAACCGGCUGAACAUCCUGGGGGGCCUUCGAAGCAUGGUCCUCGAGGGGGGUAUCCGCUCCCUGUGGCGUGGCAAUGGUAUUAAUGUACUCAAGAUUGCCCCUGAGUCAGCUAUCAAGUUCAUGGCCUAUGAGCAGAUCAAGCGGGCCAUCCUGGGGCAGCAGGAGACACUGCAUGUGCAGGAGCGCUUCGUGGCUGGCUCCCUGGCUGGUGCCACAGCGCAAACCAUCAUUUAUCCCAUGGAGGUACUGAAGACGAGGCUGACCUUGCGCCGGACAGGCCAGUACAAGGGGCUGCUCGACUGUGCCAGGCGGAUCCUGGAGAGGGAGGGGCCCCGUGCCUUCUACCGUGGCUACCUGCCCAACGUGCUGGGAAUCAUCCCCUAUGCGGGCAUCGACCUGGCCGUCUACGAGACCCUGAAGAACUGGUGGCUUCAGCAGUACUGCCACGACUCGGCCGACCCGGGCAUCCUCGUGCUCCUGGCCUGCGGUACCAUAUCCAGCACCUGCGGCCAGAUAGCCAGUUACCCCCUGGCCCUGGUCCGGACCCGUAUGCAGGCACAAGCCUCCAUCGAGGGCGGCCCCCAGCUGUCCAUGCUGGGUCUGCUACGUCACAUCCUGUCCCAGGAGGGCAUGCGGGGCCUCUACAGGGGCAUCGCCCCCAACUUCAUGAAGGUUAUUCCAGCUGUGAGCAUCUCCUAUGUGGUCUACGAGAACAUGAAGCAGGCCUUGGGGGUCACGUCCAGGUGAGGGACCCGGAGCCCAUCCCCCCGAUCCCUCACCCCAGUCAUGACGUCCCCCACACCUCAGCCACUGGAGACUGAUGAUCCAACCACAGGAUCCCCACUCUUUGGCCACGAGAUCCCAGCACCCAGAUCCUGGAUCCUAGACUUGUAUGGCCCAACCACUGGGUCAUGGCAUCCCUAUCCUCAGCCAGUAGAUCCCAGUACCCUAACUCUAGAUCCCAGAUCCCCCUGGAACCAUAACUGUGGAUCCCAUACUUAAGCAACUCAAGUCUGCUACCCUAACCACAAGGUCCAAGAUUAUCCACACCCUAGCCCUUAAUCCCCAUCCCCGAAAUCACUGGAUCCUGCAGCCCCACAUCUCAAGGGGGAUCUCACGUUUCCCUGUUCCUCUACUGGGUCCUGAACCUCCAUAUCUUAACCACUGGAUCCCACACAAAUCAGCGAAUGGAUCCCGACACCCAACCACAGGAGCACGAAUUCCCUGUACCUCAGCACCCAGACCACAGCUCCCUCGGGCACCAAAUCCAGUGUCCUCAUGAAACGCUGGAUCCUAGAUCCCCAACCCCAGAUCCCCAUGUCUCGAGCCCUGGAUCUCCAAGCUCAGCCACUGAAUUCUGGAUGUCAACAAACUUCAGCCACCAGAUCCUGACAAUCACAAUGCCUAGAUCCUGGGGCCCCCAUCACUGGAUCCCAGAUCCCUUCACCCCAUCCACUGGAUUCCUGCAUUGUUUUGUUUUGUUUUUUACCUCAAUACUGGGUCUCAGAUCCUUCUGCUCUGACUGCCAGAUCCCUCCAUUUCAAGCACUACACCUUGCACCCCAGCCAGUAGGUCCCAGAUUCCCAAGCCCCCACCCACCGGAUUCUGGCUCCUAAAGCAAGCGUGGGAGCCCCAGCAGCACAGCAAGUGGAUCCUGGCAACUGCAGCUGCUGGAUUCCAGAUUCUAGAUCCCGCAUCCCUCCAGCCAGUCCCUCGAUGUUGAAACCUCAUCUACUGAAGGCAGACCCCGAUAUUUGAAGGCACUGAAUCCCAAGCCCUUAACCUCUGGUUUCUGAUCCAAAUCCUCCGGACGCCGGAUCCCAAAUGUUCAGGCCCCAAGUCUAGAUCCUGGCAACCCAAUCACAGCAUCCCACAUCCCACGCACACUGGAGCCCAGAGCCAGCUUCUCAUGACACGAAAUUGAGUGGUCAAGGGAGCCAGUUGGGGAGGAAGCCCAGGUUCUGGCUCCGGAAAACCCUGGGGGAUUGGUCCCAGGUCCUGAUACAGCUCAUCACCAGGCAGAGAUACACCUGCUGCAACCUGCACGGAUGCUGGAUUCCCCCUCACCCCACUUUCUCUGCAUGGCCACCCCACUCCCCUGGCCUGGUCCUGUGGGGAAACUUCCCUCGAACCACCCCGCUCCCUGCAUCCCCACACUUGACGCAUCUUCUAUCCCCUUUCCACUUUCCAGGCGAAUAUUCCCAGAGCUGUGUCCCUCCAGAGGGCGCAGUCACUCACUCCUGGGGGCUGGCAAGGAGACAGUCUGAGGCCAGGGACACACGAAGGGGUGUCCCCACCCCAGCACUGCCAGCCCCUCCCCAGGUUUUCAGAGUUGAAGGCCAGGAGCAAAUCUGCAAAGACCACCCUUCCCUAAACCCAAACACCCAAUGAUGCAAAAAACAAAAAAAGAAACCCGCCAAAUCCCCAAAUUCAUCCCAGAUCUAUUUUUCUACCAGAGAGAGGAGCAGAGUCCCCUCCCCACGCCCAUACAUUCUGCACUUCAUAGUUGGAUUCUGAGCUUAGGCUAAUCGGAAGACCCCAUGCAAGGACUUGGAAAGGGGAAUUGGGAUUCGGGGAGGGGCCGGAGGACCAGCACUUCCACCUCCACCUCGCCCCACCUCCCCGCCUGUGUGUGUCAUUUCGAGGGAAAAGAACAAAAGGAAUAAAUUUUCUAAGCUCUUU